AUGGCUGUCGUUCCUCCCAUCAAGGGCAUGAUGCGCACGCGCUUCUACAAGACUCUUACGUUCUCUUUCGCCUUCGGCUCCUCUCUUGCCUGGGGCUUCUGGUACUUUUACCACGUGCCUCGCGUCCAGAUCCGUGACGCAUACUACGCCAAGAUCAACGCGAACAAGGAGUAA